AUGCGGAGCGCGGCGCUCCUCGCUCGCGCGCACCCGCGCGUCCACGCCCAGGCGUCGUCCACGUCCACGAAAACGAAACCCGCGCCGGCGAAGACGCUCUCGCGCGCCAGCAUGAAGACCGUCCCGCUUCACGUCGGGUUCGUCGGCACCGGCCUCAUCGGCGGCGUCGCGGUCAAGCAGGUCGCGAGCCGCGCGGGGACGCUGCUCGAGCAGACCGGCCUCGACCUCAAGCUCGCGGGCGCGACGGACAGCAAGAGCAUGAUCCUCGCGUCAGAUCCCGCCGCGGGGCUCGCGAACGACGCGGUGACCGGCGGCGCGGACGGCGCGGUCGCGGACUGGAACGCGGAGGCGCUGAGCGGCGAGAUAUCGCCGUGCGACUUGGACGCGUUCGCGGCGGCGCUGCGGGAGCGCGCGGAGGCGACGGGCGCGCACGCGGUCAUCGUGGACAACACGUCGUCGGAGGCGGUGGCGGACCGGUACGAGGGCUGGCUCGCGAGCGGCGUGCACGUCGUGACGCCCAACAAAAAAGCCAACAGCGGCGAUUUAAAACGCUUCAAGGCGAUACGAACCGCCGCGACGUCGUCCGGCGCGAAGUGGCUGUGCGAGGGCACGAUCGGCGCCGGGCUGCCCAUCGUCAGCACGCUCCGAACGCUCCGCGCGUCGGGCGACGAGAUUCGAUCCGUCCAGGGCGUCUUCUCGGGGACGAUGUCGUUCCUGUUCAACACCUGGGACCCCGCCGGCGGCCAGCCGUUCAGCGAGGUCGUGCUCGCCGCGAAGGCCGCGGGGUUCACGGAGCCGGACCCGAGGGACGACCUCAACGGGAUGGACGUCGCGAGGAAAGUCGUCAUCGCCGCGCGGGAGAGCGGCGUCGACUUGGAGCUCGCCGACGUGACCACGCGGUCGCUCGUCCCUCCCUCGCUCGAGUCGUGCGACGCCGCGGAGUACGUGUCGAGGAUGGCGGAGUUCGACGGCGACAUCGCGAAGGAGGCUGCGGACGCGGCGAGCCGCGGGAACGUGCUUCGGUUCGUCGGGAAGGUUGACGUGGAGAAGGGCGUCGGGAGCGUCGAGCUCGGCGAGUUUCCGAAGACGCAUCCGUUCGCGGGGCUCCAGGGCGCGGACAACGUGGUGGAGAUUCAGUCCUCGAGGUACAGCGCCGUGGGCGGGAGCACGCCGCUGAUCGUGCGCGGGCCGGGCGCGGGCGCGGCGGUGACCGCGGGAGGGGUGUUCGGCGAUCUGUGUAAGCUCGGCGCGCAGCUCGGCGCGUCCGUGCUCAUCUGAUGAGGGAUGGACGGACGACGCCGCGAAGAGACGUGGAAACCCCUAAACCCCGCCCGCCGCGACGGGAAAAAAAAAACUCGACGACCGAGACGACGACGACGACGACGGAGGAACGAGCGCGACCGCGCCCGCGGGCGAGCGAAACAGCUUGCGCGCGUCGGCGAUGUAAAAAUAACGAAACCACCAACCGUCCACGUGUGC